AAAACGACAUGGAAACACACGUCAAAAAGAUCUUCAUUUGCAGUUAAAAAACUGCUAUUCGCUGUUAAUUUAACACAUGGACAUGUCACAGGAUAACUACAAUUCUUAGGAAUACAUCGGGUAUUGUUAAACAUCAAUCUGGAGCUGCAAAGGAUGCCCACCAAGGGUAAAUACAUUGCGGGGAAGCAAGUGUCACGAUGGGAUGCUGAGUCAGAAAAGGUCGACAUCGAAUACAAGAACCUUGACAAUGCAUCAACUUCCAAGUUGUCCUUCUUUAGCGGACAUAAAGGUUGUGCCUUAAAACUUCUCCUCCUGGCUGCCUGCUUGGCGGUUGGUAUGAUUGUCGGUUACAUCAUACGACGUAACGUGCACGACGUCUUUCUACCACCCAGUCACAAAGAAACGACACCACACGGCAUCAAACAGGAAAUACAAGAUUUUGAUGACAAACUUCGUCUGCUCAUUCAGCAAGAUCUUAACGAUGCCAAUAAUUUUGAUGACCAUAUAAGACAUAUGUCCAAGAAAUGUCCCGACGAGUCCGUAUAG